AUGCCAUUGAAGUUUACAGUAAUGAGGGACAAGGAAAUACCAAAUUGGCUCAAGGAAUUGCCAUUGGCACCCGUAUUUUACCCAACGGAUACGGAAUUUGCAGACCCAAUUGCUUAUAUCUCCAAGAUUGAGAAAGAAGCUAGUGCAUAUGGUAUAUGUAAAGUUAUUCCGCCAUUGCCAAAACCUUCAAAAAAGUAUGUUGUAGGUAACCUAAAUAAAUCUCUUCUCAAGUGUCCAGAAUUGGGGAACGAUGUAAAACUGAAUAAUGUGGAAACAAUAAAUGAUGGGGAGGUUCGUGCAGUCUUUACAACAAGGCAUCAAGAAUUAGGUCAUAGCAGUGUGAAAAGAACAAAAGAGGUUGGGGAAGGGACAUGUCAGCCUCCUCCUGUGAAUAAGCAAGUAUGGCAAAGUGGGGAAGUUUACACAUUGGAACAGUUUGAAUCCAAGUCUAAGAAUUUUGCUCGAAGCCAUUUGAGUAUGAUUAAAGAAGUUUCUCCAUUGGCUAUAGAGUCACUUUUCUGGAAGGCAGCUUGUGAGAAGCCUAUAUAUAUUGAGUAUGCUAAUGAUGUGCCUGGAUCAGGAUUUGGUGAACCAGUGGGACCAUCUAGAUUAGUACAUAGGCAUAGGAGAAGGAGAAAGACAUUUGAUAGAAACAAUAAAGAUUGUUCUGAUGUAAGAUCACAAGUAGAAGAUAAAAGCAACAAUUGUGAAAACCAGAAAGGUGAAGAAUCUAUAAUAAGACAAAGGGUUUCAGAUGAGAUUGAAGGGACUUCAGGAUGGAAGCUUUCCAAUUGUCCUUGGAAUUUACAAGUAAUUGCAAGAUCUCCUGGAUCUCUUACACGUUUCAUGCCGGAUGAUAUUCCAGGUGUCACUUCUCCCAUGCUUAAAAUUUCCUCCACAUUGGCUCUCCCCAAGACCUGGUAUGCAGUCCCUGGGGAUUAUGCAUUCACAUUUGAGGAAGUAAUCCGUUCAAAGGCUUAUGGUGGAGGUGUAGAUCGGUUAGCUUCUCUAACACUCUUGGGCGAAAAGACUACCCUUCUAUCACCUGAAACUGUUGUUGCAUCUGGCAUUCCAUGUUGCAGGUUAGUACAGAACCCUGGUGAAUUUGUAGUGACCUUUCCAAGGGCUUACCACAUAGGAUUCAGCCAUGGUUUCAAUUGUGGGGAAGCUGCUAAUUUUGGAACCCCAAAGUGGCUUUCAGUAGCUAAAGAGGCUGCAGUGCGCAGAGCUGCCAUGAAUUUUCUUCCUAUGCUUUCACAUCAACAGCUGCUUUACCUACUUACCAUGUCAUUUAUUCCAAGGGUGCCUAGGUCCUUGUUACCAGGGAUAAGAAGCUCUCGUUUAAAAGAUCGUCAGAAAGAAGAACGUGAGCUGUUGGUGAAGAAGGAAUUCAUUGAAGAUAUUCUCAAAGAAAACAAACUGUUGACUUGUAUUCUUAAUAGAUCUUCCUCUUAUCAUGCAGUCCUAUGGGAUCUUGAUUCCCUCUCACCAUCUGUCAUUAAUAAUAGUACAAUCAUCAAUCCACAAACUGAAAAGUUUCAUGUUGAAAAAGACAAUGAAAAACUUGUUCAUGUAGAGGAUGAGGACAUGUCGAGUGAUUUUCAAAUUGAUUCAGGGACAUUACCAUGUGUGGCUUGUGGUGUUCUUGGUUAUCCUUUCAUGUCUGUUAUACAACCAUCACCAAAAGUGUUGUUUGAUAACAUGCCAAUGAAAGAUGAUCAUCCAAAUAUUGCAUCUUCAGAAACACAAGUGGUUAAUGCCAAGGAUGAGUCUUCAACAUGUUCAUCUAAAGUGAAUGUUGACAAUGGAUGGAACAUGUGUAAUGGGUAUUUAAGACCUAGAAUAUUCUGUUUAGAGCAUGCAAGCAAAGUUGAAGAGCUGUUGGACUCCAUAGGUGGAGCAAAAUUGCUUAUAAUAUGCCAUUCAGAUUUUCUGAAAAUUAAGGCACAAGUUUCAGCCAUAGCAGAGGAGAUUGGUAGCAUGUUUAGAUAUGAAGAUGUUGAAUUACAUGAUGCCAGCAGGGAUGAUUUGGAGGUGAUAAAUCUUGCAAUUGACAAUGAGCAGGAAGAUGAAUCAUUACAAGACUGGACACUGAAAUUGAAUGUUAAUCUUCGACAAUCUGUUAAAGCCAGCUGCCCUAAAUCAGCACCUGACAAGAUGAUACAUAUAAUACAUAGUGCUUUGACUAUGGAUGCUCUAUUUGCUGACACAAGCCCCACCUCACAAGCAAUGAUUCAGUGGCAAGCUACAAAGUCUCGGUCAAACAGAAAGUCAAACCGUUGGAUCAAGAAAUCAUCAGAGAUUGUUUCCGUCACAGACGAUGUGAAAUCGAAAGAGAAGUCAUCUGAAGCUCAAAUGCCUAAAAAAGAAGGGAAGUUUAUUCAGUAUUCAAGAAGAAGCUUCAAGUCAAAGCUCAAAAAUCAUGAAAAAAACACAGACAAGGUUAUUUUGGAUGAUUCCAUUAUUCCAUCACAAAAGCAGAAACAAGGUUUUGAAGACAAAUGUGGUGUUGAAAACUCGUCAGGUUCAGUGUCAUGUGCCACAACUAUUGAAAAAGAUGAGGAAAUGAGUAUGCAAAAUGAGCAAGGUUCUGGAAAAGAGUGCAGCAGAGAGGAGGAGGUUGUUAAUGAAGAUGGUUUGAUGGAAACGGAUCCGAGUAUUAGCAUUGGGUCAAAGAAAAGUGACGAAAAUACCCCUCCUGUAUCAAGAACAAGUGGAAGCAAAAGAAGGAAGAGAGAUUUUGAUGGAUUUAUAAGAAGCCCAUGUGAAGGAUUAAGACCGAGAGGUGGAAAAGACACAACCAAUGUGAAAGAAAAACCUUUAAAGAAAGCAAAAGCUUCAACCAAUGUGAAAGAAAAAUCCACAGACAAGUCAAAGUCUUGUUCGAAAGUCAAAAUCACGGAACAAGGGUCCGGGUCCCAUAGAUGUGAUCAUGAAGGUUGCAAAUUGAGGUUCGGGAGUAAAAGAGAGCUAGGGUUGCAUCGAAAGAACAGGUGUCCUCAUGAUGGAUGUGGGAAGAAGUUCAGUUCGCAUAGAUAUGCAGUGCUCCAUUUACGUGUCCAUGAAGAUAACAGGCCUCUUAAGUGCAGUUGGAAAGGUUGCAAGAUGACAUUCAAAUGGGCCUGGGCCAGGACUGAGCAUUUACGGGUCCACACUGGUGAGAGGCCCUACAAGUGUACGGUUGAAGGCUGUCACCGUACUUUCAGGUUUGUAUCUGAUUAUAGCCGCCACAGAAGGAAAACCGGCCAUAAUGUGCAUGUAAAGUCAAACUCUUGAAAUUUUUUAAAUUGUUUGUUUUUUCUAACUUUUAUACACUUCACUUCACUUCACUUGGGUUAGUAAGUUUUAUAAACCGAAAAGAAUUAUUUCAUUGUUUUGGAACUAUGCUUGGUUGGUGGG